AUGUCUGACGAGAAUGGACCUUCAAAAGUGGACUUGCAGACAGCAAUGCGGAAGUUGAGAGCACUGCCUCCAAAUAAGCUCUGUUUCGACUGUGGCGCUCGGAAUCCCACAUGGUGUACUGUAACUUAUGGAGUCUUUCUCUGCAUCGACUGCUCAGCUGUUCAUCGCAACCUUGGAGUUCAUCUCACGUUUGUUCGUUCGACCAACUUGGAUACUAACUGGACUUGGCUGCAACUGAGAGCAAUGCAGCUCGGAGGAAAUGGAAAUGCUACCCAAUUUUUCAAAGCCCACGGGUGCAACACGACUGAGGCUCAGCAGAAGUACAAAAGCCGAGCAGCUCAAAUGUAUCGUGACAAACUUUCGACAUUAUGUCAGGAGGCUCAACGCAAGUUCGGAACCCAAUUGAUAAUUGACACUGUCACGCAUACUGAAGAAAAAACGGCGGAAGAAGAAGAUUUCUUCAGUCAGGAUUUUGGUCACUCUUCCGCCUCUGCUACAUCAUUGUCUUCUGAUGCUUAUAUUGCUGACCAUAAAACCGAAGAUUCUAGUCAUGGCCCAAGCGUUGAUCAUCUAGAUCAUUCUGUGGCAGUUCCAACUGCUGCUCCAGUCUCUGUCAUUCUCAAAAAGCCAAUUAAAAAAGCGACACUCGGCGCAAAAAAGAAUACUCUCGGAGCUCAAAAAAUGCGCAUCAAUUUCGAUGAAAUUGAGCAACGUGCUGCUGAAAAAGAAAAACAGCAAGAAGCUGAAAUCGCUGCAAACAAACUUGCAUACCAAGUUGAACUCGACAAUAAGCAAAAAGCAGAGGAUGCUGCUGCUCUACAGAAGCUUAGUGCUAAAUUUGCUAUGCAAGAUAUUGAUGCUCAACGGAAGCAAAUGGAGGCUAAAGUCGCUAAAGAUCCAACAAAAGCAGCUUCUGUCGAUCGUCUUGGUAUGGGAGGAGUCGGCCGAGCUCGUGCUGCCCAUUCUGUCGCCGGUGGUAUUCGCUCCAUCAAGCAAGACGAUGUGCUCACAUUUAAGAAGUCGCCACAGCCAAAGGAAGAUGAUGAUUGGGAGGUGAUUGACGACAAAUAUGGAAAGAAAAGCACAAACAACGAAGACGAUUUCUUCACCAAGGAUUAUACAAGUGGAGGAAGUAGUAAAAAUAACAAAGAAGACGAUUUCUUCGAUUCAUUCGAGACACAACCAGUACAGAAGUCUCGCUACACUGCAUCCUCAUCUUCCUCGUCAACGUCUCGUGCUCCAACAACUCGCCUCACCGCAGGUUCUACUCCUGUUUCGGAUGUUGAUCUUCAAAAGAAGUUCGGAAACGCCAAGGCUAUCUCUAGUGAUAUGUACUUCGGAACACCUGAGAUGGAUUUUGAAACCAAGAGUGCGUUGUCCAAGUGCGAAGGUCAAUCUUCGUUCGGAUCGGAAGAUCUUUGGGGUAACGGAAGCCAGAAUCGGCAGUCUAGCCAGGUUCCCGAUAUGUCUGAUUUGAAGGAUUCUUUCCGGGCUGGAGCCAACAAAGUCGCUGAAAAAUGGUCCACCCUCUCGACAUCAUUUGCUUCUUACAUGUCGGAUCGCUAA